AUGGGAGGUGGCAUUCUACGCAGCAGCCCUCCAAAAUGUGGCCAACUGAAUGAGGACGAGGAGUUGUCGAAGUUUGUCCUGUCGACGUUUAGGGCCAAGGAGGAAGAGAUCAAGAAGAAUAAGAUGAAGGUCAAGGAAAAACUUCAGGCUCAGCUAGGUCAGAUUGACGAGGAGAGAAAGCGAUUGGUUACUAUACGAGAG